GGGGGGGGCGGUUAAGGGGAGCUGAUGUUGUGUUGGUCUGGAGGGUCCCUGUGUCCAGGAAGAGGAUAUGAGAAGAGCAGCUUUGCAGGUAGAGCUUCCCAACUGAGUACCAUGUGAAGGUCUGACAGAGCCCCUUGAUUCGUGGGACAGGAGAGACGUCCCUCUUUCAGUCCAGAAGGGGAAAAUUCUUUGAACGUUUUUGUCUGCUUCAGUAGGCUCUUAAAGUAUCAUCUUUACCUGAACCACAGGGGCACGUGCCUGAGCCAGUUUGCCCACUGUGGGGAAAGGAAGUCUCAGGAGGCAUUCCGCGCGCCAUGGAGAAACCGUGGAAGUGUGGGGAUUGCGGGAAAGGAUUCCGCUCCCCCUCCGUGCUGGAGAUCCACCGCCGUGUCCACACUGGGGAGCGGCCCUUCACCUGCUCCGUUUGCGGCAAGGGCUUCACCCAGUCGUCCCACCUGCUGACCCACCAGCGGGUCCACACCGGGGAGAGGCCCUUCACCUGCUCCGUCUGCGGCAAGGUCUUCUCUGACUCGUCCCACCUGCUGUCCCACCAGCGUGUCCACACCGGGGAGCGGCCCUUCACCUGUUCCGUCUGUGGCAAGGGCUUCACCAAGUCGUCCAACCUGUUCUCGCACCAAUGGGUCCACACCGAGGAGAGGCCGUUCAGCUGCUCCGUCUGCGGCAAGGGCUUCUCUCACUCGUCCCACCUGCUGACCCACCAGCGGCUCCACACCGGGGAGAGGCCAUUCACCUGCUCGGUGUGCGGCAAGGGCUUCUCUCACUCGUCCUACCUGCUCAAGCACUGGCAGGUCCACACCGGGGAGCGGCCCUUCACCUGCUCCGACUGCGGCAAGGGCUUCUCUCACUCGUCCCACCUGCUCAAGCACUGGCGGGUCCACACCGGGGAGCGGCCCUUCACCUGCUCCGUCUGCGGCAAGGGCUUCACCCAGUCGUCCCACCUGCUGCGGCACCAGCAGGUCCACACCGGCGAGGGGGCCUUCACCUGCUUCGUCUGCGGCAAGGGCUUCACCCAGUCGUCCACCCUGCUGACCCACCAGCAGGUCCACACCGGGGAGCGGCCCUUCACCUGCUCGUUGUGCGGCAAGGGCUUCACUCGCUCGUCCACCCUGCUGCGGCACCAGCGGGUCCACACCGGGGAGCGGCCCUUCACCUGCUCCCUCUGCGGCAAGGGCUUCACCCAGUCGUCCAACCUGCUGCGGCACCAGCAGGUCCACACCGGCGAGGGGGCCUUCACCUGCCUGGUCUGCGGCAAGGGCUUCCCCCACUCGUCCGGCCUCCAGAUCCACCAGCAGGUCCACACGGGGGAACAUCCUUCCGAUAGACCAGAAGUGCACAUAAUACAGAGGAACUUCGAUUAUCCAGAAUUAGAUGAACCAGCACGGUGGCUCAGUGGUUAGCGCUGCUACCUCACAGUACCAGGGACCCGGGUUUCAUUCCUGCCUCAAGCGACAGACUGUGUGGAGUUUGCACAUUCUCCCCGCGUCUGCGUGGGUUUCCUCCUCGUGCUCCGGUUCCGUCCCACAGUCCAAAGAUGUGCAGGUCAGGGUGAAUUGGCCAUGCUAAAUUGCCCGUCGUGUUAGGUACAUUAGUCAGAGGGAAAUGGGUCUGGGUGGGUUACUCUUCGGAGGCUCAGUGUGGACUGGUUGGGCCUGUUUCCACACUGUAAGGGAUCUAAUCGUCAAGUGACUGAAAUACACCCUGCAUGUGUCCUUUGGAUAAUCGAGGUUCCUGUGUAUUCCAAAAGUGGCCGAAUCAAUGUCCUGUCCAGACCCCAACCCCUAUACUCAGUGCUCUGGCCAAUAAAGUGAUCUGCAGAAUCUGCGGGACUUGCUUAAUCCUGGAAGGUAAAUCACGUGUUUCUCCUUCUCUUGCAGGUGGAUCCAAGAUUUCACUCUCUGUCCCAUUGAGUCUCCAGUCAGGUCCUUCAGCUCAACUGGUCUCUCUCUCUCUAUUUCUGACCCAUGUGAGCCUCUACGCACCUCCCCUUCACUCGCUCACACUUGAUUUCCCUUACAGCAGCAUUCCCUUCAGUUCCUUUCUCCCUGACGUCUGUAUCCAGCUUCUCUUUAAAUGCCGUUCACCUCGACCUGCUACUGUGGGGGUCAUUCCCGCUGCAGACAGAGGUCUCUCCUUUGUAACCUCUUCAAAAGAUUAACCGCUGACUUCCCCCUUCAGUCUUUUCCAUUUCUGGGUCUCCCCGCUGUUGCGAAACUUGGAAGGGUUCAGAAAAGAUUGACAAGGAUGUUGCCAGGGUUGGAGGAUCUGAGCUACAGGGAGAGGCUGAACAGGCUGGGGCUGUUUUCCCUGGAGCGUCGGAGGCUGAGGGAUGACCUUAUAGAGGUUUACAAAAUUAUGACCGGCAUGGAUAGGAUAAAUAGGCGAAGUCUUUUCCCUGGGGUUGGGGAAUCCAGAACUAGAGGGCAUAGGUUUAGGGUGAGAGGGGAAGAUAUAAAAGAGACCUACAGGGCAACGUUUUCAUACAGAAGGUGGUGUGUGUACGGAAUGAGCUGCCAGAGGAUGUGGUGGAGGCUGGUACAAUUGCAACAUUUAAGAGGCAUUUGGAUGGGUAUAUGAAUAGGAAGGGUUUGGAGGGAUAUGGGCCGGGUAUUGGCAGGUGGGACUAGUUUGAGUUGGGAUAUUUGGUCGGUACGGACGGGUUAGACCGAAGGGUCUGUUUCCAUGCUGUACAUCUCUUGACAAAGCCUUGUCUGAGGGUGAAAUGUUGUCAUUCCCGUUGAUGCGGGUGGUCCCCUGUCUGUUGUCCUUUUUGUUUCCUUUCUCGGAAAGGACGUCGCGGACAUGGGCAGCGUUCCCGAGCCCCGCUCCGGAACGGGCUGUUCCGUCCU